AUGACCGGCAUGGGCCGUUCGGUUGGGGGCCCCGUGGGGGCCCAGCAUUCGAGACCAUCGAGUCGGUCCUCUCUCCCUUCCCGGACUCCGGCAAUGGCUGGGGUGCCUCGUCUGGUGAUCUACGCCAGGGACCUCACCUUCAGUGAGGAUGACAAACUCGGUGAGCGAGGGGGUGAGCGAGGGGGUCAGCAUGCUGUCCGCAUGGGCAUGAUCUUUGUGUCUGGGGCAGGGAGGGGGGGAUUCGGUGUCGUCUAUCGGGGCGUCUUCAAAGGGCGGCCCGUGGCCGUCAAGGUCGCUCACCCCAGCGAAGAGCUCGCCCCGCACGUGCGUACACAGAGCGGCAGAAUUGACCUCACUCGUGGGGUGACCUCGCAUCUGUGUGUUGUGUGCAGGAGCAGUUCAUUGAGGUUCUGCGAGAGGUGGAGCCCAUGUUCCACCUGCGCCAUCCCAACAUCGUGGAGUUCCUGGGCGUGUGUGCGGCAGACGAAAAGCACGGCCUUAUGAUCGUCACUGGCAGGCGCUGCGUCUCCUUCGCUUCAUCCAAUUGUCUUCCUCUGUGCGUCUGCCGCCAUUCUCAGAGUUGUGUGAGUGCGGAUCGCUGGACAAAUAUUUGGCCAAGAACAGACCUUUGCCCCCCGAUGUGCGAGACAGAUUUGUGAGAGAGGUACGCACUGCAGACAGCGUCACGCGUCUCAUCUACCGGUGUGUCGAUUGCCGUCAGAUAUGUGAGGGUGUCCAGUACCUUCACGACCACGGGAUCGCUCACCUGGAUCUCAAACCAGGGAACAUUCUGGUGAGGGAGAGCCAUCUCCCGGUCAACGGCCGCAGGCUGGUUUCAUGUCCCACUUGUUUGUCAGUUGGCGAAGUAUCUGGUGAUCAAAAUAUCUGACUUCGGUAUGACGCGCAACACUCAGAGGACAACGAGUUCUUUUGCAGGUGGACAGAGACACUCACACGGAGACAGAAUGCAUCCAAUGCAUUCAUACCUUUGCUGCAGGCGGGGGGACGUACAACUUUAUGUCACCGGAAACAAUGAAUCCAGAGAAAUGUAAGGAAGGAUCCCUGUGAAGGGCGGCGUCCCGUGACUGCCCAUUUGUGCAGUGGUCAAGCCUUCUACCAAGUCGGAUAUCUGGACGUUGGGCGGGAUUCUGAGCGAGCUACACGGAGGGCAGCGGAUUCAUAAGUCCACAUGUCAGACGCACUAUGAGAUGGUGGCUGAUCGUGAUGCUUAG